UAUUACCGUGGUUUUCUCAAUCAAGCAAACGAAAAUACUUUACCGACCAAACAACCGCAGCAAGUUAGCAACAGCAAGCAAGCCAGCCGCCCACUUGGAGACAGCUGGCAACGCCCGUUGCCACCCGUCCGACGUGGCGUCCCCAUCCCACUUACUUGUGGGCCCCCACACCUCCAUGAUUCCCUCGCGCGUGGGCCCCACCCUCCUCCUCCUUCCGUUUAUAAAGCCCAAGGCCCAAAACGAUCACGCGCGCACGAAGAGGAGACGAGAGAGAGAAGACGCGACGGCCACAAGGUGUUCGACGCCGUCUCGCCGGAGCAGCAGACGCCGGCGAGGAGGAGGAGACUAGUAGCUUGGAGUCUGAAGGUUCCAGCCAUGGAGCUGGAGGUUGGGGAGGAGACGGAGGAGGUGGGGGUGGAGGUGGCGUGCGAGUGCUGCGGGCUCACGGAGGAGUGCACGGCGCCGUACAUCGCCGGCGUGCGGGCGCGGUACGAGGGCCGCUGGAUCUGCGGGCUGUGCGGGGACGCCGUCGGGGAGGAGCUGGGGCGGGCCUCGCCGCCGAUCUCGCCGGCGGAGGCGCUCGACCGCCACGCCUUCGUCUGCGGCGCCGGGCGCCGCUCCACCGCGCCGCCGUCGCCCGCCGAGAGCGCGGACGACCUCAUCUCCGCGCUGCGCCACCUCCUCCGCCGCAGGCUGGGCUCCCCGCCGCUGCCGCCGCCGAGGAAGGUUCGCUCCACGCCAAGCAGCCCGAGGCGCGAUGUGCCGACCUCCGCCACCGCCAUCGUCUCCGUCGAUACCGGCGGCGGCGGCGGCGCAGGCGGCGCGCUCGCGCGGACGGAGAGCUGCUUCGCGGCGCUCGUCGAGUAAAAUCUCCCCCCCCCCCCCCCCCGCCACCCCCCCAAAGGGUAGUUUUCUAGCCUCAGCUUUAGUUAUCUUUUGUAAUGUAAAUAAUUUUUCUACCUUUUUUUCGUCUUGGUUUCAUUGAUUUUGCUAGCGAGAACAUAAGAGCAAUAAUAAAAUUGUGUACAGAUCAGCGAAGAACUACAUGAAAAAUGGAAGUAAUUCCAUUUGUUUCUCUUGUGUGGUUUGUGGUUUGUGAUUUGUGUUUGUGCAUAUAUUUUUUUUCCUUGAGAAAUGCUUCUGUGCAUAAAUAAGUUGAUCUCUUUGUAUCAUAGAAGUUCUCUCUGCCCUGCAAUGUGUAUGAUAAAUCAUAAUCAAUUCGUGGUUAAUGUUUUAUGCAUUA